CAGCCAAUCACGAGAAGGAAAAAAAAGAACUAACCGCAGGUUCAGAAGUGAUGUGGCCUAUAAUGCCAUAGAUGGUAUCGAAUGGAAGAGAAAAGUUACAUGUUGGUAACAUAUGGUAGCAAACUUUUGUUAGAAUGAAUGGAGCAGCUUACUCAAACUUUGACAACCAAGAACACGUUCUCAAAUUAGGCGAAACAUUUGAGAAACAACCGAAAAGCGCAUUCCACACAGUACGAUAUGAUUUCAAACCCGCUUCCAUUGACACCGCAUGCGAGGGGGAGCUGGAGGUCGGGAAAGGAGAGCAGGUGACGAUUACUCUGCCAAAUCUGGAGGGAUCGACCGCACCGAUAACGGUUUUCAAAGGCUCCAAGCGACCGUACAUGAAAGAAUGCAUCCUGAUCGUGAACCACGACACCGGGGAAUACCGGCUGGAAAAGCUCAACAGCAACAUUGCGGUGAAGAAGACCAGGGCGGAGGGCAGCAGUAAGAUCCAGUCCCGGCUGGAGCAGCAGACCAAUCGGCUGAGCCAGCAGAUGAAGAGUGGGAAUGGGGGAGGCAGCAAGGCCCCGUCCGGCUCCAAGAGCUCCCCCCCCAAAGAAAAGCUCUCCCCCAGCUCCCCCAUGGACGAUAUCGAAAGAGAGCUGAUGGCCGAGGCCCGGGAGAUGGAUCAGAUGAGCAGCGGGGGCAGCUCCUCUGAGUCCCGAAGCUCCUCCUCCAGCAGCGAGGACAGCUCCAGCAGCAGCAGCGACUCCGAGGACGAGGCUCGGCCCCGCCCCCCCGCUCCCUCCGGCCCCGCCCACUCCUCUGGCCCCGCCCACAGCAUGCCCGUCAUCUCCGCCUCUCACAGUCGCGCCGAGGAGGCCGGGGGCGGCGGCCACUUGAUGAGCACGCUCAAAAACGACCUUCAGCUGAGUGAGUCUGGAAGUGAAAGUGAUGAUUACUGAUUGUGGAUCACCUGAGGAGAGAGAGAGAGAGAGAGAGGGAGGGAACGAACGA